CACGACACUCCUCGAUACACGUUGUGAACGGACGCAUAAAAAAUCGUUAUAAGAAAACGUUAUAAGAAAUCGUUGUAGUAAAUCGUAAUAAGAAUCGGUGUAAGGAAAGAGUAAUAUUCGAAAGCUUUUAUUAAACUUGUAUCGUUGUACGUUUGCAGUAAAGUGCACCUUGAUUCCUUUUACGUCUACUACGAUAACGAUAGAAGAAGAAACGAAAAAAUACGAACAGAGCGAGACGUUUCUGCACACGUUCUUAUUAGUCUUGACUGCGACUAAUCUGUAUAAAACGUGUCCCGAUUCAUUUCCGUACUUUAGGAGACGCUGACUUACAAGGAAAACAAAUCCACAAGGAGGCAUAGUACGUGAUCAAUACACGAGGGUAGUGCGAGAAAAAGGAGGAAAACAGAGCACAUCAUAUCCAAUAAUAUACCAAUACUUGCACGUAACGAUGGAUACGACACUAACGGUGACACCAUACCUAUUGAACAUCGGUUAUUCUCUAUUGGCUACAAUCAUCACCACGCUGAUUGUACUACAUUAUUAUAUUGAGACUAGGCAUGCGGUGCGCCUUUCAUUGAAGUUACCACAUCCACCACGUGUACCUAUUAUUGGUCAUGCCUUAAUAUCCCUAAAAUUUAACCCCGAAGAUAUAUUAACCAAAGGCCUUGAAUAUCUCGUUGAAUACGGAUCCGUAAUGUCGUUACAUUUAGGAACCCGAGCUGUUAUCUUCUUAACAGAUCCGCAAGAUAUAGAGAUAAUUUUAAACAGCCCUGAGCACAUCGACAAACCCGUGGAGUACAGUUUCUUCAAACCGUGGCUCGGAGACAGCAUGCUAUUCAAUAACAGCGCCAAGUGGCUACAACACAGAAAAACAAUAUUAGCCACAGUUCACAUACAGAUAUUGAAGACAUAUGUGUCCCUGUUUUAUGAGAAUAGCCUGGAUCUGGUGAAGCGUCUUGGUGAUAAAAUCAGCCAACAAUUUAAUUGCCAUAAUUAUUUAUCGGUGGUAACUAUUAACAUGUUGAUAGAGACAGCAAUGGGAGUUAAGAGGGAAAAGGUUCAAAAUAUCGGAUUUGACUAUGCAAUGGCCGUGAUGAAACUGAGCGAGAUCGUGCACAAACGACAGUUCGACGCGUCUUUACGAUUUGAUCAGUUGUUCAGAUUUUCGAAACUUGCCAAACUGCAACAGGAAUUGCUCAAUACCGUCCAGUCGGCGACGAAAAUAGUGAUUCAGGAGAAAUUGAAGGAUAUCGAAGAAAAGCAGAUAAAAAAUACGCAUAAAAUCGAGGCGGAAAAUUCAAUGGAGAAAACGGAGAACGGCAUGAACACGACCAAUUAUAAGAUGCAUUAUGCGAGAGAUGAUAUCGACGAUAUGGAUGAAAACGACGUGCGCGAGAAGAAGCGACUCUCUUUCUUGGAGAUGUUGAUAGAUAUGAAAAAGAACGGACAGAUGAUCGAUAAGGAGAUUUCGGAUAACGUCAACGCUGCCUUGUUCGUGGGUCACGGCACCAUAGCAACGACCUCGAGUUUCGUGCUCUGCGUACUGGGAUAUCUUUCGGAAAUUCAGGCACGUGUACACGAAGAAUUGGACUCAAUAUUCCAUGACAGUGACAGACAGUGUACUUUCCAAGAUACAAUAGAAAUGAAGUAUCUAGAGAGAGUUAUACUAGAAACGUUGAGGCUCUUUCCUACAGUACCACUAUUCGCUAGGAAGCUUAAUAAGGACAUAAGAAUAGUUACAGGUAAUUACGUUCUACCAAAGGAUGCUACUAUUGUAAUAUUUCCAUUCGUGCUACAUCGUACAGAAAAAUAUUACCCGAAUCCGUUAGUUUUUAAUCCGGAUAAUUUCCUACCGGAUAACAUGCGGCAGAGAAAUAACUACGCAUACAUUCCCUUCAGCGCCGGUCCGAGGUCGUGCUUGGGACGAAAAUACGCUAUGUUGAAAUUAAAAGUUUUGUUGUCGACAAUAUUGAGGAAUUAUCGCAUUACUUCUGAUGUGUCAUAUCAAGACUUUCUUCUGCUAGCUGAGAUUGUCUUGAAGAGGGCUGAUGGAUUCCACAUCAAAAUUGAGCAACGAAAAAAGAAAUCACGAAUUUGAAAUAAAUUACACAGGCAUAAAUAAGACCAAUUUUGUCAGAUCGCGUCGGCACAGUGCUGUCGACACGGACUGUAACGUCGAAAUACGUACGUCAGCAACAUGCUGUCGACGGACCGCAAAGUGUUAAUAAGCUAUCUGGCAUAUGAAAAAUAUGCUGGAAAAAUAUGACGAUCGUUUAAUAAACUUGUUGGAAAAACGCAAAUUGCAGAUGUCGUUCAGCAGAAAAUCUGAAAACAGUUGCAAUGCUGUUGUCAAAGCAGCGCAAAGUAAUUACAAAACUUUUCCUGGCAAACGCAGU